CUGUCUCUAAUUACAGGUUACGGACCAGACGGAUUCCAAAAGAUUGAAUCUCACGAGUUUUUCAAAAAAAUCAACUGGACUGAUCUCGUUAAUCUCAAAGUAACUCCUCCUUUCAAACCUGUUUGCAUGCUCGAUAACCUCGCCUUCAACUUUGACAAGGAAUAUACUAGCAAAACACCGAAAGAUUCUCCAGCGGCUCCUCCCAGUGCUUCUGCUCACGAGUUGUUCCGAGGAUUCAGCUAUGUAGCGCCUUUCCUUGUGGAUAGACCUGAUGGCACAAAUUUACCUCAAGAUGAUCAAAGUGAGUAUCCAAUCGGCUUAAAUAUGUGCCGUAUAACUGUGUCGGCUUUGCGCUUUAUUGAAAUGAAUGCCAGAGAUAAACGAGGACAAAAUGUGUUCUCACUACGUCACUUGAACCCCAGCCCCCACAACCCGCGCAGUGUCUUUAUUCACAGCGAGAAAAAUUCAGAUCUCACAAUGACUUAA